CCAAAUGGAAACACCUUGACUUAUCUUCCAACUCUUUAACUUUGAAAACAAAUAUCACAUGGGUUCCUCAUUUUCAACUCCAAUAUAUCAAUUUGAGAUCUUGGCUUCAAACACAGUCAAGGAGAGACAUGAUUAUAUAUGUAUAGUUAGAUCAAUGUGAGUCAUUCAGUCAUUGCUUAUAAUAUAACUAUUAAUCACUUUGAAUUCUCAAUAUGAUGAUUGUAAUGCUUCUGCUCUUGCUAGCCAGUACUACUAGUCAUGUUGUUUUGGGUAGUUCUACGCAUGCAUAUGUGGUUUCUCAUCAAGUUCAAAACUACUGUAUCGAAACAGAGAGACAAGCUCUUCUCACCUUCAAACGAGGCCUUAUGUAUACGUAUGGUGAUCGUGAUGAGGUCCUACCAUCUUGGACAAGCAACAACAAAGAUUGUUGCACAUGGAAAGGAAUCAGGGAAUUCUAUAACUGGAAAUAUUCCUUUAGAACUUGGAAACCUCACCAACUUACGUAUUCUUGACCUUAGUCAGUAUAGUAGUCGUUUGACUGCUAAUAGUUUCAAAUGGCUUUCUCAUCUCUCUUAUCUAAGAAUCUUUAAACUGGGUGAUACAAACUUCAGCAAAGCCAAAGACUGGUUUCAUUCAUUUAAAACAGCUCCCUCCUUAUCAACCUUAGAGCUAUCUUAUUGUCAAUUUCCAGAGCUAGAUGAUUCCUCUUUUUCUCAUAUCACAAACUCUACCAAUUCUAUCACAACUCUCGAUGUCUAUGGUAGUACAUUUGGCUCUACAACAGUUUCUCGCUUGCUUAAUUUGAGCAAUAAUCUUGUUGAUCUCUCUCUGUAUGAUAAUAAUUUCAAUAUCGAAGGCAGUCAUCUUUCAGAUUCUUUUGACAAUUUGAAAUAUCUAAGGCAUUUAUAUUUGAGUGGAUUUGAUGGGGAAGUGCCGAAAUCUAUAGGAAGUCUUUGUAGGCUUCAACAAUUAGUUUUGUUUCGUAAUGAAUUCAAUUCCACCAUCAUUGAUAUCUUGGAAAGCCUCCUUGAUUGCAAUAACAACUCGUUAGAAAUUCUUAAUUUGUCUGGGAAUAGACUAAUUGGACCACUGCCUAGAGAUUUGUCAAGAUUUUCGUACUUGAGAGAGUUGGUUGUGUCAUACAAUAAUUUCAGUGAUACUUUACCAGAGAGUAUCGGCAAGCUGUCUAGUCUUGAGUUAUUAGACAUUUUCGGGAAUUCUUUCACGGGAGUUGUCUCUGAAGCACACCUUGGGAAACUCUCCAAAUUGAAACACCUUGACUUAUCUUCCAACUCUUUAACUUUGAAAACGAAUAUCACAUGGGUUCCUCCUUUUCAACUCCAACAUAUCAAUUUGAGAUCUUGCAUGAUAGGACCACAAUUUCCUUCUUCGCUUCAGACACAGUCAAAUAUUUCACAUAUUGAUUUAUCUAGUUCUGGAAUAUCUGAUGUCAUUCCUGAUCAAUGGUUUUUCAAUCUAACUUCCAAUUUAGAAUAUUUGAAUUUAUCUUUCAAUCUUAUCAACAGCACCUUGCCAGACAUUCUAUUGGAAUCUAAUAAGUUUGCUUCUGUGGAUUUAAGCUCCAACCAAUUCCAUGGCCAUGUCCCUUUAAAUUCUCUUUUCAAAGCGAAUGAGUUGAAUCUUUCUAAUAACACUCUCAUAGAAUUUGACCCUCUCUUUUGCACUUCAUUUAAUGGGACAGUGCGGAUUCUAGAUCUUUCUAAUAACCAAAUAUUUGGAAGCCUUCCAGAUUGUUGGUUUCGUCUACAAAAUUUGGAAAUUCUCUAUUUGAACAAUAAUAGAUUGUCUGGAGUGAUCCCGAACUCAAUUGCUUCUCUUUAUCAAAUUCAAACACUUAUUUUGAGAAAUAAUAACUUGUCGGGAACUUUACCAUCAUCGAUGAUGAAUUGCACUCAUUUGGUAUUUCUUGAUGUUGGAGAGAACAACUUAAUUGGAAGGAACUAUACCAAUGUGGAUUGGGGAAACACUAACAAAUUUGGUUAUCUUGCAUCUCAAGUCUAAUCAUUUUCAUGGAACAAUUCCAUCGAGUCUAUGCCAUCUUCAACGAAUUCGGAUAUUAGACAUUUCCCGAAACAAUAUAUAUGGAGCUAUACCAUCAUGUAUAAAUAACUUCACUUCUAUGAUAAUUAAUGAAGAUAACGGUUUAGAAAAAAUUCUUCAAAUUACAAUAUUAUGGCAAAGUGACUCCAGUAGUAUUACAUGGUACUAUGACAUGAAGGCAUUGGUAACUUGGAAAGGAAAGGAGUAUGAAUAUGAAGAUAUUUUGGGUUUGUUGAGAGUGAUUGACUUUUCAAGUAAUAGAUUGACUGGAGAGAUUCCUAGGAAGCUGACAAAUCUUUUGGGACUAGUUCAAUUGAACUUGUCAUGGAAUAAUUUGAAUGGAGCCAUGCCUCAGAAAAUUGGGAAUUUGAGCAAACUAGAAUCACUAGAUCUGUCUCAUAACAAUUUUACAGGAAACAUUCCUAUUGGCUUGGGAGAAUUAUCAUUCUUGGCAUAUUUCAACUUGUCAUAUAAUCAUUUGUCAGGAAGAAUCCCCACAAGUACUCAAUUACAAAGCUUUAAUGCUUCUUCAUAUGUUGAAAAUGAUGGAUUAUGUGGAGCUCCUCUAUCUGAAUGCCCUGGUGAUCAUAUAGCUUUCAAGGAUAAUCCUCAUUCAGACUUAGAUCAAGAACGAUUGGACAUGUCAUGGUUUUACAUUGGACUUGAAGUUGGAUUUGCUUUUGGUUUUAUUGGAGUUUGUGGAGCUUUCUGCCGAAACUACUCAUUCUUAUUGGAGACUUGCCUAUCUUCGAGGUGCUUAAAUACAUUUGGAGAUUGGCUUUAUGUGAUGAUUAGCAUUAGAAUUUCUAAAUUGAAGAGAUUCCUUCAAAGCUAAAAGGUUAGUAUUUCUGUUUUACUAAAUUUGUUAAUAAUGAUUGUUGUUUCUCUAAAUUACUAGUUAAAUCUUUUCAGCCAAUAAAAAUUGAUACUUAUACCAACAUAUUUAGAUAGUAUUUUUGUUUUACUAAAUUUGUUUAUAAUGAUUGUUGUUUCUCUAAAUUACUAGUUAAAUCUUUUCUGCCAAUAAAAAUUGAUACUUAUGACAACAUAUUUAGAUACUUCAUAUGGAGAUCAAGUCUUGGAAAUCUGUGGUGCUAUCUAUAUACUUUUGUUGAAUGAGAGGGCUGAAGAAGAGAAGAAUGAAGAUGAAGUGUACUUGUUCACAAAAUAUAUAGUUACAUAUUUAUAUAAAUUUGUUGGUAUUGAUUGUUUUCAGCUAGUAUAAUUUAAUUUACAGCACUAUUUUAACUUGUAUUUCUGUUUUUCUUGAGUGAAAGAUACAUUUAUGGUCAAAUAUGUUAUAUAAAAGAAAUAAUUAAAUAUACCAU